GCGACGGCUCCGCUGCAGGUGUGACAGGCAGCAGCGGCCUGGCUGAGCGUGAAGCGGCGAGCGCGGUUCCCUGAGCGGUGUGAGCGCGGCCACCAUGGAGCGCCCGGAUGAGGGGCCUCCAGCCAAGGCCCGCCGCCUGAGCGGCUCGGAGCCCCCUCAGGACGACGUGCCGCCGCCGCCGCCACUCCUGCGACUGCCGCUGCCUCCACCUGAGCAGCGCCCGAGGCUCCGGGAGGAAACGGAGGCGGCACAGGUGCUGGCUGACAUGAGGGGGGUGGGACUGGGCCCUGCUCUGCCCCCGCCGCCCCCCUAUGUCAUUCUGGAGGAGGGGGGAGUCCGCGCAUACUUCACCCUGGGUGCUGGGUGUUCGUGCUGGGAGCCUGAUAUUGAGUCUGGGUAUGGGGGGGCGCCCCCUCCCACGGAGAGCCUGGAAGCGUUCUCUCCUGAGGUUUCUGGGGGAAGCCUGGAAAUCGACAUUCAGGUUACGGAGCCCAGCAGCUUUGAUGGAGAGAAGGCCCUAGAAACCUGUAGCAUAGGGGGACGGGGGUACCAGAUGUUAGCCGGUCUGCAGGGGAAGGAAGAGGCCAUCAUCAUAGUGGAAGACGAUGAGGAAGAAGGAAAGGAAAGUGUGAGGAAGAGGAGGAGGAGGAAGAGGAAGCAGAGGAAGGUGAAGAAGGAAAGCAAAGAGAUGAGUGCCGAGAAGAUAGAGUACAUCCUGCAGGCACUGGAAAACAUUCAGCUGGACCUGGAGGCGGUGAACAUCAAGGCGGGCAAGGCCUUCCUCCGUCUCAAGCGCAAGUUCAUCCAGAUGCGGAGACCCUUCCUGGAGCGCAGAGACCUGAUCAUCCAGCAUAUCCCAGGCUUCUGGGUCAAAGCAUUCCUCAACCACCCCAAAAUUUCAAUCUUGAUCAACCAACGUGAUGAAGACAUUUUCCGCUACUUGACCAAUCUGCAGGUACAGGACCUCAGACAUAUCUCCAUGGGCUACAAAAUGAAGCUGUACUUCCAGACAAACCCCUAUUUCACAAAUAUGGUGAUUGUCAAGGAGUUCCAGUGCAACCGAUCGGGCCGUCUGGUGUCUCACUCCACUCCAAUCCGCUGGCACCGGGGCCAGGAACCCCAGGCUCACAGGCACAGGAACCAGGACACCAACCACAGCUUCUUCAGCUGGUUCUCAAAUCACAGCCUUCCAGAGGCCGAUAGGAUUGCAGAGAUUAUCAAGAAUGACCUGUGGGUUAACCCUGUGCGCUACUACAUGAUGGGAGAAGGCAGCUACAGGGCAAACAGAAAGAAGCAAGAAAAGAAAGAAAGGCUUUCCCACAGUAAAAAGAGGGACAAAUAUGAGGUGGUGAUCAUGGAAGACUUUGAUGACUAUCAAGUGAUGGAAGACAUUAUUGGCGAGACCUCAGACAGUGAUGUUAUCACCGACAAUGAGACCAUUCAUGACAUCAAGAUCUCUGACUUCAUGGAGACCACCGACUGCUUUGAGACCACUGACAACGAGAUAACUGAUAUCAGCGAGAGCCUCUGUGAUAGUGAGAGCCUCUGUGACAGCCCAGACCACAAUGAGACCACUGACGAGAGUGCAGAUGACAAUGAGAAUCCUGAUUACAAUGGUGAAAACCCUGAUGGUGAUGACGAGAAUCCCAAAGGUGGCAGCUAUGGCAACAACCUGGACAGCAGUGACAGUGACAAUGAUGGAGACAAUGAGACCAGUGAUGAUGAAGAUAAUGAUGGCAAUGAAGGUGACAAUGAAGGUAGUGAUGAUGAUGGCAAUGAAGGUGACAAUGAAGGCAGUGAUGAGGAUGACAGAGACAUUGAUUUCUAUGAGCAUGACAUUGAAGAGCCAGAGAAGGUUCAGGUUAACAGCAACAACCUGGAUGUUUAUGAGGAUGAGGUAGAGAACGUCUUCGAAGAAGAAUCAUCAAUGGAGGAAGAAGAGGAGGAGGGCAGUGAGGAAGGAGGAGAAGACAGUGAUGACGAGGAAGGAAGUGAGGAGGAAGAAGACUGGGAAGACUCUGACAUGGAGGAGGUGCUUCAGGUCCAAAACGCUUGGGCCAACCCGGAGAAGAGGGGCAAAACCGUAUAAACUCAAGUCUCACCCUUGCCUUUGUGGCCACUGCCUCUGUAUUCCUCUCCCUCGCUCCAUUUUCCCUCUCCCUCAGCUAGGGCCUUGAGGCCCCACAUUGCACUUCUGGGGGGGUGACCGACUUCGUACACGGGUUUGAAGUUUAUUUUUAUGGUUUAGUAAUUGCAGAGUUCUUAUUUUGGGCGGGGAGGGAAAGGGGGAUUCCCCCUUCCUUUUGGCCCUCCUCCCUUGCAGGCUUCUGUGUGCUGCUACGUAUUUAUUGUGAUGCCUUGGCCAGGGCCCUUCUGCCCCUCUCCUCGUGCUAUAUGGAGUGGACACCCUCGAUCCUGAAGCGGGGAGGGCUGCUGUGGCUUUGGGGGGCUCUGCUGCCACCCUGUUGUCCUAAGUCUCUCUCUUUCCCUCACCUUUCCCCGCUGUGCCCGCUAGCCCGCAUCGGUGUCUAUGCAAGGCCGCUUUGCCAUUGCGGUAUUCCUGCCUCCCUCCCCCAGAAGCCCUGCCUCAUUCCCUGUGAACCCUGGUAAUCCUAAUAAAUU